CUAGCUGCUAACUAGUGAAGUGCAAGGCCAGUUUUUGACAAACGAUAAAUCGAAAUCUUAGGUUAUGUCGUUCAAAACAAAUCGUAAACACUCUUACUACGAGAGGAAUGGGUCGUAUUCCAAGAUGAUGCCCAGCAUUUUCAGCGUUUGUCACCCCAUACCGAAUAUAACGGAGUUGGAGCAGGUCCUUCAGGAGCCGCCCGAUUGGAUUUACAAAGUCCAACCAAUCGUACCGAGAUCGGGAAGGGUGGUGAAAAAUAACGUAGAUGAUUGCCACAGUGGAAUCGACGAGUUUGUGGUGAAGAAACGGGUCGAUUCCAGAACAGUGCCUAAAGUGCUCGUUUGCCAUGAUUACAAGGGAGGAUAUCAGGCGGAUAGAUAUUUGCACAAUUCCGAUGAGGAUAUCGUUGGGCAGGGGUACACUUUCUACAAUUGGUCGCAAAUAGAUAUAUUCGUGUAUUUCAGUCAUCAUUUCAUUACGAUUCCUCCGCUUUGUUGGAUCAAUGCAGGGCAUAAAAACGGUGUUAAAGUCUUAGGCACUUUAAUAACGGAAUUCGAUUCAGGGCAUGACAUGUGCGAUAAAAAGCUGUUCAGAGACAUCGAAUCGAUGCGGACAUUUGCAGAAUCUUUGGCUCAAGUAACGAAACUUUUUGGUUUCGAUGGUUGGUUAUUGAAUAUAGAAAAUAAGGUAACGAACGUUCAGGCUUUGAAGGAGUUUGUUCCGUAUUUGAACAAGCUGAUUCACGAAGACAAUCCUGGAAACCUGGUUAUAUGGUACGAUAGUGUCACGGAUACGGGGGAUUUGCGAUGGCAAAACGAGUUGAACAGUAAAAAUCGUUACUUCUUUGACAACUGCGAUGGGAUAUUCCUAAACUACACGUGGAGCGAAAAAACGCUAGAAAAAACCGCCAUGGCGGCAAAAUAUCGCAAAAGCGACGUGUUCGUGGGCGUCGACGUGUUCGGCAGAAACAUGUUUGGCGGUGGAAAAUUCAACACCGAUAAGGCCGUAGAAGUAGCCCAUCGUUUGAACUUAUCGGUCGCGAUCUUCGCGCCCGGAUGGACCCACGAAACAUUACCGGUAACGGGAACAUUUUUCGAGAGUUUCUUUAACAGAGAUUUGGCCUUUUGGAGGAGUUUGUGGCCCUACAUGUACACCCAUCCCAUUACUACGUAUUUUACGACGAAUUUUUACAUCGGAUUGGACGAGGAUUGUUACAAUUUAUUCAGUCAGGGCAUCCAGCUUUCUAAAUGUCUGUACCCGUCUAAUUUAUCUUCGAUACCCGAACACUUAACUUCGUCUUUUCCGUAUAAAUGCAGCUGCAUACAAGGUUCCCUUUUAGGUACAAAAAAUACCUGUUUGCUUACAAAAAGCAACUUGAGGAAAGAUGAGAGUUACAUUCACCAUCUAUUCUCUACUGAUAUAGAAAUUCGGGGGAAUACCGUGGUAUUUUUCCUCACUAAAAGCGUGGAUGAUGCUUUAGGGGUAAUCGAUGUGUCUUUGUUAGUAAGUACAUACAGCGGCAGCGUGAAGAAAAUCGUACUUUUGGGACAGGAGAAGGAGCAUCUGGUGGACAAUAAAAGUCUCUGUGAAAUCAACCGGUCGACUUUUCCCGAUAUUAUUAUGAAUAUUAGGGAUAAAUUUUACAAGAAGAUCGUUGAUGAGAGGUGGAAUUUGAGCGUUUAUAUUUUUACUACAGAGCUGAGUAAUAUCUUGGAAAUCGGAGCUACCAUAUUACAUGGGAAUUCCGUGCUUUUAGGUGCCUUUGGCGUUGAGAAUGCCGAUGGAAAUUUCUUGAAAAACCUUUAAAUAUACUAAUUUUUAAGGGUACAUUGUACCAAAUUUCCUUUAAAAACCUUAGACCACAUCAAGAUUUAAACCAAAUUGGUACAAUUAAGCUUACAAAUAUGUAUUAAAAUCCAUUACUAUUUUACUGUUCAAAGUUUAUUGUUAAUCUUCCAAUAAUUGAAAAUAAAGUCCUAUAUGCGCCGUUCGUUAGAAAAAAUUCUUAAUUCUAAAAGAUUAUAUUUUUUCUCUUCAUUCUCCUCUCGCAUCUGUGCUUGUAAUCGAAGAAUUCCUUUCCAUAAGGUCCCCACGAAAGCGGAGGCCACACUCUGUUGUAAUUCCUGCAGUCCAGCUGUCUAGUUUUAGUGAGCUUCUUGUAGAAUUCCACGGAUUUCUUCGGCCGCCUCGUCAAUGUAAUGUCAUUGUAGAAAUCGAUUGCGUACAAACCGAAGCGCAUC